CCUCGGUCAAAGAGUUCAAAGAGGAAAUCUCCCGGAGGUUUAAGGCUCAGCAGGAUCAACUGGUCCUGAUCUUCGCAGGCAAGAUCCUCAAGGAUGGGGACACACUGCACCAGCAUGGGAUCAAGGACGGGCUCACUGUCCAUCUGGUCAUCAAGACCCCACAGAAGGCUCCAGACCCAGCUGCCGCUGCCGUGUCUUCCCCCUCCACUCCUGACCCUGCCUCAGCACCCUCCACCACACCUGCGUCUCCUGCCACCCCUGCCCAGCCCUCCACCUCUGGCAGUGCCAGUUCAGAUGCUGGCAGUGGAAGCCGGAGGAGCAGCGGAGGGGGUCCCUCCCCACCCGGGGAGGGACCCCCCAGUGCUACCACAUCCAUACUCUCUGGCUUUGGGGGCAUCCUGGGGCUAGGCAGCCUGGGCCUGGGCUCUGCCAACUUCAUGGAGCUGCAGCAGCAGAUGCAGAGGCAGCUGAUGUCCAACCCCGAGAUGCUGUCGCAGAUCAUGGAGAACCCCCUGGUGCAGGACAUGAUGUCCAACCCUGACCUGAUGCGCCACAUGAUCAUGGCCAACCCCCAGAUGCAGCAGCUGAUGGAGCGGAACCCUGAGAUCAGCCACAUGCUCAACAACCCCGAGCUCAUGAGGCAGACGAUGGAGCUUGCUCGGAAUCCAGCCAUGAUGCAAGAGAUGAUGCGGAACCAGGACCGCGCCCUGAGCAACCUCGAGAGCAUCCCCGGGGGAUAUAACGCCCUCCGCCGCAUGUACACGGACAUCCAGGAGCCCAUGUUCAGUGCUGCCCGGGAACAGUUUGGCAACAACCCCUUCUCUUCCCUGACCGGGAACUCCGACAGUUCGUCCUCCCAGCCUCUGCGGACUGAGAAUCGAGAGCCCCUCCCUAACCCCUGGAGCCCCUCGCCCCCCACCUCCCAGGCCCCCGGGUCCGGUGGGGAGGGCACCGGAGGAUCGAGGACCAGCCAGGUGCACCCGACAGUCUCGAACCCCUUUGGGAUCAAUGCGGCUAGCCUGGGGUCAGGAAUGUUCAACAGUCCUGAAAUGCAGGCCCUCCUCCAGCAGAUCUCCGAGAACCCCCAGCUGAUGCAGAAUGUGAUCUCAGCCCCCUACAUGCGCAGCAUGAUGCAGACCCUCGCCCAGAACCCCGACUUUGCUGCUCAGAUGAUGGUGAACGUGCCGCUCUUCGCGGGGAACCCCCAGCUGCAGGAGCAGCUCCGCCUACAGCUCCCAGUCUUCCUGCAGCAGAUGCAGAACCCGGAGUCGCUGUCCAUCCUCACCAACCCCCGUGCCAUGCAGGCCUUGCUGCAGAUCCAGCAGGGACUGCAGACCUUGCAGACCGAGGCCCCCGGGCUGGUACCCAGCCUUGGCUCCUUUGGGAUGUCUCGGCCCCCAGCACCCUCAGCAGGCAGCAACACCGGCUCUGCGCCUGACGCCCCCACCUCCUCCCCAGCCGCACCAGCCACAUCCUCUCCCACUGGGGCUUCCAGCACCCAACAGCAGCUCAUGCAGCAAAUGAUCCAGCUUUUAUCUGGAAGUGGGAACUCACAGGUACAAAUGCCAGAAGUAAGGUUUCAGCAGCAGCUGGAGCAGCUCGACUCCAUGGGCUUCAUCAAUCGUGAGGCCAACCUGCAGGCCCUGAUCGCCACGGGCGGGGACAUCAACGCCGCCAUCGAGAGACUCCUGGGCUCUCAACUCUCCUGAUCCCUCGGCCCAUGCCUCCCACCUCUCCUCGAUGCCAGCCUUUGGUUCCUGUGUCAGCCCCUCCCCUCUGCAGCUUGUCACCCCUGUCUUCUCCCUUGUCCUCUCCAGGCAGCAGGUGACUUCAGAGGCGUGGCCCCCACCCGUAGCUCUGUCUGGGAUGGUUUUACUGCUUAGCUCUCUACUGGGAUCAUCUCUCCUCGUCCUCCCCAGCUUUCAGGCUCGAUGGUGGGCCCUGCCACCCUGCCCAGCAGUCCCCUCCUGCAGUCUUCGCACUUCUCAGUGGCAGUGCAGAGUCAAGGCAGAGCCAGCUCUCUGGUGUAUGGGAGUCUUCCAUCUGCACCCCUAGGGUUUUGCUUGUCUUAGUUUUCUUUUGAUAAGUUUUUCUUCUUUCUCUCCUCCAAACUUCAACCCAAACAAGGCUAGAAUUUUACCCCUGAAGGAAGGGCAGGUGGAACAGGCUGGAAUUUUCCUCCUCAACCCUCUCCUGGCCGCUUCCUCCAGCACUUUUUCAUGGGUGCUGUUGGGACUCCCAGGGUGAGGAGGAAGAUGUUUGUUCCCCCUGUCUGAAGUGGGAAAUGAGACACAGCCCUCUGGACAGGAAUUUGCAAGCCCGGGACCAGCCCAGCGGAGACUGGUGCAGAAGAGGAGAGAGUGAGAUGUUUUUAAAGGAAAGGAAUGAGAGAGACAGCCUGAAUAAAAGCCCGGGAGUGGAAGCACCGAUGGCCGUUUUAGGCGGGAGAGUCCAGGCCAUGGCUGGCAGAGGCUUAGUGAUGCUGGUGGGAGCUCUGGAAGGAGGGCUCAUCAGGAGUCACUGCCGAGCUUUGUCGAGCCCUUCCCCAGACACGUGCUUACAGACACACGUGCUUACAGUCACACGUGCUUACAGACACGUGCACACUUCCAUGAGCACAGGACCUGCCUGUGUCCCCAGGUACCAGUCAUGUGAGCCCCCUCCAAGGUUAUGAUGGGCCUGUCUCAGCCAUGGGGCGUGUGUGUGUGUGUGCACAUGCAGGUGUGCACACGGGCGGGCUGGUCGGGGAGCGGGUUCUUUGUCAUUUCUAGCUCAGAGCCCUCUCCCACCUGAGACAAGUGGGGACAGGGCCAGUCUAUAGGGCAGGAAUGUGGACUUGGAGGAGAGCCAGGUUUCUCGGGCUCUGGAUGCUGGGUAGCCCAAAGGUAGUGCGGGUCCCCUUCCAAAGCUGUCAGGGCUGUGACCCACAUCCUCAUUGCCCCUUACUGCCUAGGGGAAAUAGAGGGGCUUUCCCUCCAGAGCCCCUGCCUUUGGCAUCCUAGUCCCUUCUCUUUCAGUUCUUCACUGUUUCCCUCCAGGCCGGGAAGCCCUAAUGAGGGAGGAGAGGAGAGGGCAGUGGUGAUGCCCUGGAUCUGGAAUUGAACAUUGCUCUACUGGAGCACAGAGGAGGCUCCUAUCACGUCCUCCCUCUGCAGCCUGGUCCAGCUCCUGGGCGGACCCAGGGCUGACAGAAUGGAGGCAAGAAGCCUAAGUGGGAAAGUGUCCCAAGCAGCCAGAGAGGAUGUCUGUGUGGCCUUCCCUCCCUACCUCCCCCAGCUCCCGUACUGGCCUUUGUAAAUAAAUGGCGUGAUCUUUGUUGUGA